CUGGGCGCGCAAACCAAGCGGCGUGCAUUUGUUGUUUUUGUUUUAAUUUAACUCUUUUUAUGUAGAUAGUUUUUGUGUUACGAAAAUGUUGAACUUGAACUGCGUAAUAUGCGCCGAAUUGUUUUCGCAGGCCGACGAGGUGUUUGUCACCGUCUGCGGCCACAUGUUCCAUCACAGUUGCCUGAACCAAUGGCUCGAUCGCUCCAAAACAUGUCCCCAGUGCCGCAACAAGUGCUCCACCAGAAACAUAUUCAGGGUUUACUUCAACCUGGCCAACUUAGAUGUGAGCCGCAUCGAUGUGGGCUCUCUGCAGGAGCAGCUGGAUAACGCCAAGCUGUCUAUGAAGAUGAUAGAAAAGGAGCGCCACAAGGACGAGCAGCAGAUCCGUGAUCUAAAAGACACGCAAAAGAAGUGCCUUAAAACCAUAGCAGGUCUGGAGCAGAAGGUGCAGAAGAAGGAGUUCCUUAUCAGCAGCUAUGCGGAACAGAUCAGUAUCCUCAAGAGCGACGCUCAGGUGGUGGACGCGCUGCGGAAGGAGAAUAAGUCUCUAAAGGUUCAGAUCCAGGCAAUGGAGGGGGUUUCGGCCAUUCUGGCAGCUGGUUCGGCGGACGCCGAGCGCCUGCUCAAGAACGAGUCGAACCCGCAUGUCCUGGCCAACUGGGUCUCCACACUGAAGCGUGAACUGCGCCAGUGCGAGAGCAAGAAGUCUGAGCUUAGGAAUGUUGUCAAAGUUGUACAGAAUGAUCUGCGUAAAGAGAUCGACCUGAAGAGAAGUCUUGAGGAGCGUGUCUCCCAUCUUGAGAGCGAUCUUUAUCGGGCACAAGAAAAGCUUCAACUGCGAGAGAGCAAGAUCAUUAGUUUGGACUCCACCAUUAGCUCUCCCGGUCUAAAUUGCAACCUUAUGGCCCUCAAAGUGGACGAUAGGCGGAGCACCAUCUCUCCUACAAUCAAAGAAAAUAUCAAGCGCAUCGAGGAGUCCACCUCGCCGUACCUCAACAUAAAGUCCAGCAGUGUGGGCUUGCCCCAUCUGCUCAGUGCCAGGGCUAAGGCCAAAUUAUCGCCUAUCAAGCGAACAGAUGGGCUUAAUAUGAUGAGUGGAACCGUAAGGAAAACCACCAGUGAUCUCAGCGAAAAGUACUCAAUUUUCAAGAAGCCACGACUGGUGCUGGGCAGUUCGAGCAGCACUGGCCUGGCGGCCACCACCGGCUCCAACUUUGUCUUUAAUGGCAUGGGUGGUUCCGAGAAAAUAGAUCCCUUCGCGCAGCGCGCAGAGGAAGAGGGCUUGGCAGGCGGCCGGCCUGCAACUGUCCGGAGUGUAACCCAACGCCUCAAGGCCGGCACGCUGCGGAACUUCAACCAGGGUAAAUAAGUCCACACCGCCAAGUGAUGAUCAUUUAGAGACUGCCUCAGUUGGGGAUUAGAGUGCGAUUGCUAUUAAGGAUUGCCAAUUAUGUUCGUUAGCCAUUGCAUGGAUUUAGUAUUAAUAAGUUAGUAGGUUUAUAAAAAUAAAAAAUGCGAGUUGAA